AUUACCUGCCACACCGGCCUAGCUAGCCUGGCCUUGUUUUGGCCUUUUGGGCUGAUUGAUAAUAAUUUUGUUGUAUUCGAGGACAGAAGUAGACUGCAGUAAUGGUCUUUUGUUCUCAGACUUUUUACCAAGGUGGGGAGGAUUCUUUCCUUUUCGGUUUUAGCUGGACGAUUGCUUCCGGUUACUGUGAUGGGAGCAAUACGUGUUCUGCCUUCUUCCAGAAGCAUCGUAAAAGCUUCGUAUCAAAAAACAGUCGUGACAGUGACACUCAUUGGUAACACUCUAGAGUACAACCCAGUCAAGUCAGUAGAAGAAUGAAACUGACUGCACAGUGAGAACAAAUGUACACAAAUACAAUGGCAAGAUCAAGACAUUUCAGUCUAACAGCCAGCUAGACCUACGGCAGAUUUUGCACAUGUGUACAUGCAUCAUUAACUUCGUCAUUUUGUGACUUCAAUAGCUUCUUUAUUUAUCUUCAACAGUAACUGCAUUGCAAAGGUCACGUAGCUUGUCCAGAUAAGAGAAUGCCAGCACAUCUGGACUGCAUUGAACUAUGGUGACGAGUGUUCUUUAGGUACACAUGUCUUUUCUGUGACGUGGCGCUUCGCUCCAAAACUUACGCCGCUUGAUAUUUCUUACGAGCAAAAAUAUCAACGACGUUUGUCUGACAUUUGUCUUGCGUGCAGUCAACUUGAGUACAGAACAAUUGGAAGGGUGAAUUGCUCUUUCUAGUAAAGUAACACAACAGACAUAUCUGACACUUGGAUGUUGCUACGAGAGUAAAAACCUACAUGUUAGACGUGAACACACGAGAUCAUGGCAUUGGCAGAUAUAAUUGCGAGCAUCACACAUUGGAUUAGCAGUUUCCUAUGGGUCUGCAGUCAGCCUUUGUAUUGGAUUCAUUGCAUCUACGAAACCAACUACGAUGCUGUGUCGGCGUUAUUCUCCGCCAUCAUUUACUGUCUGUUCUACACAGCGAAGGCCGUGCAGUUGCUGCUGUUUGGCAUUCUUUCUAUGGUCCAGCUGAUUAUAGAUGUGCUUGCAAGUCUGAAAUAUGUCUUCCGUUUCAUUUCAUCUGCAACAUUUGCGCUCAUCAAGUUUGGGAUUCAGAUCUCGCAAUUUUCAGUUUCCGUUUUCCGAAUGGUACUGGAAUAUGGACCUUGGGUGAUUGAAAAGGUGUGGCGUGGUGCGGUGUGGUGUUAUGCAGCGAUAGCAUAUUGCAUUAAUUGGGCUUUGGAUUCUGCUGGAGGUCUUCCAACACCAUCCAUGCUGUUGGAACCUCUGAAGGAACCUCUGAAGGGCAUCGUUUCAUUUUUGUACGAUGCUGUUGUGUCUUUCGGGAGCUGGCUGAUUGCAGCAGGGAAGACGGUUUCUGAUGCAUUGACUGAAGUCCAGUCAUUGGCAUUUGGUCUUGUAACCGGAGCACUGACUGCUGCUUUGGAUGCAUUUCUCCGAUUUGUGGGCGAUUUGUGGCAGAUGAGGACCGCUGUUGAAGACUCAAUUAUGAUGGCUAAGGCUUACUCGGGCAGAAAGGCGGCUGAAAUAUAUACUGAAAUUCUAGAAGCCAGCAGCAAUGCUUUUGGUUCAUUUGUCGAUCUCAUGGUUGCCCUGGUGUCCACAAUUUCCUACGUCGGGAUCUUUGCCAUUGUCUGCCUUCUUCUUGUCCUGAUCCCUUUGAAGCUUUACAACCUGUUUGUUAAUGCCUUGAGGUCGGCCAACACAAUGAUGAACCUUUUCCACCGCGCAUUGUCUCGUGGUGAGCGCAACCACCUACGGCAACCACGAUACCAGCAGAACGUGGAACAGAGGCUUCCACGGGAGAGGGAUGCAUUUGAUACGGACGAUGAUGAGUCGCUUCUACGACCACGACGCACAGCCCCGCGAGUGCCACAACCUAGGCCGCAAAGCGCGCCACAACCUGGACAACAGCAGGUUCCAGCAAUGCAGCCACCGUAUGCCCCUCCAGCAGCCAAUGGUGCCGGCCCAUCAGGGGAGCAGAACCAGAGGCGAGUCAACCCUCGGAGAAGCUCACCAUCUCCCCCAGCGUCCAACCCACCCGUCCCGGAGUCCACCACUACCAGCGCUGCCAAUGACCUUGCGAGACAACUGGAGGAGGAACGCGACCGUCAGCUGUGCGUGGUCUGCCAGGACAACGGCAAGAACAUCUUGAUCCUGCCUUGCAAGCACCUCUGCAUCUGCCUUGAGUGUGUGGAGGAGAUAACAGGCCAGCCAAGACGAGACGCGAGGAAGUGUCCUCUCUGUCGACAGGCCAUCAGAAGUUACCUGGAAGUCUACGCCUGAGAUAACAUGCUGGUGUAAAAAAAGAUGAGAGAGACUGUCUUGUAAUUGUAUUCAUUAUGUAGACAUCAUUUAUGUUCUGUGGCCAGUAAGGGAAUGUCUCAAAAGCCACAACGCUUGGAACUCUCCAGCAGGGAAUAGCCUGUUCCAAUUGGAAACAUGUAUUGCUUCCAUUGGGAACAGUUGGGAACCCGCUGGUGUUGGAAUUUGAAGGGUUGGCGUGGUUAGGGUUAAGGCAAUAAGCUACUAUGGUUCUUUGCAAAGUCUACUUUUCAUUCAUAAAGAGUUUUGAAGGUGCUUAGAACUCACCAACACCAUUUUGUCAGGGUUGCGGGUACGAGUAAAAGUGGGGAUUUGCACCUGUAACUUCCAGAGGCACUACCAGAGCAAAAAUAACUGACAAAAGGAGGCUGGGGCAUCAAAGGAAUUGUCAAUAUUUGUGGGAAAAUUGUUUAUGUUGCACAUUUUAAGCCAACUGAAGCACGUUAACCCUAACCCCUAAGAGCUAUUUGGGGUCAAGUGAUAUAUUUCAAAUACCACAGAAUACUACAUGUGUUGUACCCAUUGUAAUUUUGUAUGGAAGGAAAUUAUGCAUACUACAGAUUUCAUUAGUUUAUACUACUCAUUAGUAUUUUGUAGCUUUUAGCAUUAUGCGCGUGAGGCACUGACCAUAGAAAUGUCAAGAGGGGUGUUUCACAAUAAUGAGGUAAACUUGUUGAACAAAAUCGUUGGGAAAAUUGUGCAUUUUUGACCGAAAGGUAUUUAUGAAUGGGUUAUCAGCAUCCAGGCCAAGCCAAGCUCAUAUUUAUUCCCGUAUUAAUGUGUGUGCAUGUAAAUGGCUGUAAUAUGACCUUUUAUCAUGAAAUUUAUGCAAACUAUUUUAGUUGAAUGAUGCUGGUGGCCUACAUGUAAUUUUUUUUUUAUAAAGUAUAUGGUACAUGUACAUGCAUAUUUCUAAAUGCUGUGACUGUUAUAAUUUGAGAUAGGCCUAUACAAACAAUGAAUGUGCAUAUUUGUGUUAUGAAAAUGAAGUAUUGUGAAAACACACAAUAUGUCUUGUACAGACUGCAAAGCUGUAUUCAAGUUUCCAUGUCAUCGUUUUUACCUUUCUGCAUCUUGAGGACAAACAUCUGUUUCAUUAUGGUAUCUCCUGACUCCUGCUCAAUGCAGUUAAGGAUUGGGAUACUGAAAUAUGUUUACUUUUACUGAAAUUUGUUUACUUUUUAAUUAAAAGUAUCAAUGUUUUUAUUUCAAGGAAAAUGUUCCCGUCUUAAGAAUAUGACAUUAUACUCAAUAGGUGCUGUUCUUACUUGUACAUUGUAAAAUGUUUACCUUUAUGAGGGAGUGGUUUCAUCAUCCAAAAUACCAGUUGACCACACCCCUUUUUUUCAACUCGUCUUCCAAUUAUCUGAAAUCCAAAACUGUUUUUGUAUCUUGUUUGUAGUCAGACUGCUGCUUUUUUCAAACUUACUGACAUGUGUAACACCACAUUAACUUGUAGUCCUUUCAUUUGAUGCAUCUAGCCUUGAAUGCCAUGUGAUACUGUAAAUGUAAAAGAGGCUUUACAAUAAUUUCUGUAAUCUCGACUCUAUGCUUAUUGCCUGAAAUGACUUGUUAUCUAGCCACUUGCUGUUGGAUGAUAACACUAAAGAUAUUGUAAUGCAGAUAGGAAGAAAUUAAUGUUUGUCAGUUUUUUAUAGAUUUUCCCGGCCAAGUUAGCAGAUUUGGCGGCCAAAUUGGUGACCAAUCAGUCAUUUUCGCAUAAAUUUGAAUGCACGUGGAGAUCAACAUUCAAUUAGCUAAAAACACCAAUCAAUUUAACAUUUGAAGCAUGCGAUUUCACAUUUUAAACAUGCAAUCUUAACAACGGGGCAUUCAAAUUAAAAUUGCACAAACGAGCAUCCAAAUUCGCCAGAGCUUCCAGCUGUGCAAGUUUGGUCAUUCAUUAUAUUAUUCACCAUUAAGCAGGUAUUUGUGAAAAGUAAGCAAAUGAAUUCGAAAUAGGUUUAUGUCAUUCCGUUGUUUGUUAGAGUUAGAUGGAGUGUCUUUGUUCCAAUUUGGAAGUAUGGAUUUAUUGUCUCCAACAAGAUUCUGCCAAUACUCUGAUCACCUUAGUAGUGUAGUCUAAGCAUUUGACCUCGUUUUCCGGUGGAGGAUCAUGAUCCUCAUCGAGGAUCAUAUCGGUUACCCCGCCGAGGAUCAUAGGAGGAGGGGUGGGGUGUGUGUCUGUGACGAGAUGACGUCAUGGAUCGAAUGACAAAUCGAUGAGGUGGGGAUUAGCGCUGAAUGGGUAUUGUUGGUAGAGGAUAUGCAAACGAUUGUCAGGCACUGGAGCGCACUUUUUGUGUAUUUUAAGCCCGUACGUAUAUGAUGAGGUAAAUAGUGUUAAAAGCGAUGUAAUGUUUAAACAUGUUUUAUUGUACAAUGUGUAUUGCUGGAUAGAUCUGUCUUUUCCGUCAAAAUAAACGUUUCAUUCCCUUUU